AUGUCAUAUGACAUGAUUGUUGACCUACCAAAGGAUGGGAAUUGCAAUUCUAUCUUAGUCAUCAUUGAUAGUUUCACCAAAUACAGUAUCUUUGUCAAGUGCUCCAAGAAGCUCAAGGCCCUGGAGUUAGCAGAAUUGUUCUUGGAAAAUGUAUGGAAACACCAUGGCAUGCUGGAAAAGACCAGAAUGGAUAGAGGAAGGGUCUUCAAUAAUAAAUUCUUGAGAGCUCUGUACAAGCAAUUAGGAAUUGACCCCCACUUCUCCUUGGCAUACCACCCCCAGAGCAAUGAACAGAUGGAAUGGGUCAAUCCUUCUAUCAAACACUUCCUCAGGGCCUACUCAGGAAUCAAUCAGAGGGACUGGACAAGGUGGCUGCCAAUGGCCAAGCUUGUGUACAACAAUGCAGUCCACAGCAGCACUGGGAAAACACCAUUCAAAGUGUUAUAUGGGUGGGAACCAAACCUAACACCAUCCAACAUACCAACAGAUGUCCCAGAAGCAGAUGACCUUGCCCAAACAAUGGAAGCACAAUGGAGGGAGGUAGAAGCAGCUCUCCAGCAAUCUAAGACACAGAUGAGUGCCAGAGAAUCAGGAAGCCCAAUCAAAUUUGAAAUUGGAGAAAAAGCCUGGCUAGACACCAAAAACGUGAAGCUGAAGACCCUGAGUCCUAAGCUAACCAAACAACACCUAGGACCCUUCAAAGUGACCAAAAGAAUCUCCAAUUGGGCCUACUGCCUACAACUUCCACCCUCAAUGAGCAUCCAUGAUGUAUAUUAUGUGGGGUUACUAUCAAAAGUCAAAAGGGACAAUAAAUGCAUCUUUGAAAACUGCCCCCCACCUGUCACUGUGGAUGGGGAAGAAGAGUAUGAGGUCAAAGGCAUUACAGAUGUGGAAGAAUGUGAGGGAAAAUGGUACUUCAGGGUUAAAUGGAAGGGUUACAGAUUGGAAGAAAACACAUGGGAACCCCAAGAAAACCUUAAAAAUACCAAAAAUCUUUUAGAAAAAGACAAAAAGGAAAUGAAGAAAAAGGCCCUUGGUGCUGCCAAGGCCCUUAGAGGGGGGGCAGUGUCAUAG